UUUGCUUGCGAGGCGGCGGGGAGGCACUCGCGCUGCCUUCUGGAUACGUACUUUGAGUGAAGAGAUAAUUUCUGUAGCUGUGGUUCAUCCCCUGCAUUGGCUGAAAUCAAGAAGCGCCUCCGCCGACACCGCCAUGAGGCAAAUCUUCUCCCGAAAGAUCCUCCUCCUCGACGUGGUCGUCAUCGCCUGCUUCCUGUACUUCACGGUCUCGGGCCUGUACGGAGGGCCGGCCGCGCUGCAGGUGGCGGCGCAGGCCGGCCGGAACAGCACUGCGGUCGGGGACGGCGACCUGCCGAGGAGCACGGAGAGGGAGAGGAAUCAGCACGAGAACGAGAAUCCUCGUGGGACUAAGAAGGAGCGGAAGAAGAAGGGGGAGCUUAAGAGGCAGAGAAAUAGCAGGGCCCCGCUGCCCGCCAUCGAGCCCUCUGGCGGCGCCGCCCUGCGCGGGAUUGAUCUCGCCGAGUACACUCCAGAGGAGCGCGCGGUGCUCGGCGCCCGCAUGAGCGAGAUGGAGUCGCGGGCGUCGACCGUGAGCGGCGUGUGCCAGGCGACGCCGUCGAUCUCCGGGGCGACCGCGAUAGACCUGUUCAUAUGGGAUACAGAUCAUACUCCCAGCAUAGUCUGGUGCCCCAUUUACAAGGUGGCAUCGACAACCUGGAUGAACAACUUCUUCGUCGUCGCCAACCUUAGCAAAAGCAACGAGAGCAUCCUCGAGAGGUUCAACCAGAAACUGGAGUGGAAAAAGCGGAAGGGCAAUGACAUAAAGCAGUUCUUCGACCACAAACUGGUCUAUGACCUGUACCCUGGACCGCAGGCGCCUGAAGAGAGAGAGAGGGUCCUGAGGAACAGCAUGCGAGUGAUCAUUGUCAGGCAUCCCUUCUCCAGGAUUCUCUCGGUCUAUCGGGACAAGAUGACGAGCAGGAUGCCCCGCCCAGUUAAGUUCAAGUUUAAGGAGCUGCAAGCCUACAUCCGGAAGACAUACCGGAGUCGCCACAGCUCCAACAAGUCGAGGUUUCCAAGUUUCCCCGAAUUUAUUCAGUAUGUGAUCGACUCCACAGGGAACCUCACUAGUUAUGAGGACUGGAAAGGAAACGUAAACUGCUGGUUGCCUUACUGGGUUCGCUGUACUGUCUGCUCCUUAGAUUAUAACAUCAUUAUAAAAUUAGAAACUAUGGAGGAGGAUAAGCGGUUUCUGGCAACCCUCUCUCGCCUUAACGAACUCAAGGACAAGGACACGUGGAUGCACCUGAGAGCCGUCUCUUCCUCUGAUUUGGGGACCAAGUAUUACAAGCAAUUAACUCGACACCAGAUAUUACAGCUGUACGAGCGUUAUGAGCCAGACUUUAAGCUUUUCCAGUAUGAUAUUAAAGACUACCUAGAUAAUGCAAUAGAUUCUAGAGAGAGAAGUGCAAAUAGUUGAGAGGCUGUCCACGGUAUGACUUAAAUUCAGAAGCUGACUUUCUACUGACUCAAGUCAAGAAUCUUAUCAACUUUGAGGACAAAGGGGCAUGUCGCCCCUUUUGAAUUAAGUGAUUGUUUCAAAACAAAGGCGGCAAUGACCGAAUUCAUGAAGUGUGCCUCAGAUGCUUCUGCGUCUCUGGAGGAGGCUGCUGCAGGCAUCUCAGAAGGUCGAACCAAACAGGUAAUCUGUAUGAUGAGAUAAACAUUUCUGAAAUCUGUAACUUGGACCUGUAGACCUUCACGACACUGCCUUUUGCCCUUGAUAGCAGUGGAUCAUUUCCAAAAUCUAACUCAUCUACAACACGAGCUGUGGUAAGUCGAAACCAAAGAAAAUUCAGUGAGGCGAGUGAAAGACUGCCAGUUUGUUAGAGAAUGGAAGCUAUGUAUAAAAUCAGCAAUCUCUAGCUUAGUAUGAAAAUGCUGGAAUCCUCUGAUUUUGAGGGUAUGCCCCAAAGCUGUACGUGUUCAACCAGAGCUGCUUCACCAACUCUUGGUUCGUAUCCAGCACAUGUCGCCGAUAUGACCAAUGUCUUUAGAACACACUCGACAUGACUGUGGUGGUCGAGAGAUCAAUACAAUGGUUAUUUGCCAUUAUAACUGCAUGCUAUGAUGUAUGUUACUAUAGUACAGAGGCUCUCAGCUUUUGCAGUCUGACGACACACUAGAGUCAACGAAUACUUAUGUGCUUUACAUGUAAUACAGUUGUUACUUUCCCAUAAUAAUCUAGUGUAAAUACUCUGUGAAAAAAAUUAACACGCUUAACUUUGGGUUAAGAAAUGCAGUAAUUUCAAAAUAUAAGCACAUGCGCCACGCGCAGGUUGGGAACCACUGCCAUGGUGGGGUUAACUGCAACGUAUGAUCCUAAAUAGCAGGUCACUCCUCAAUCGUUGUAAUCGUUCUUUUGCUUGACUUCAUUCAUUAUUCACCUAUUUAUUAGUUCUAACGUUAAAUCAUCAAUGUUCAUGCAAACCACCUCUUAUACCGAUAACACAUCAUCAGCAGCAAUUACUGAUAAAUACUUGAAGGCGAUCAGGGUUACUCAUCUCUUCCCGGGAGGCGUUCGUGUCAUCCAUGAAAUUUAAAUAAAGGCAAUAAAAAGAAGGAUCGUGAUAAUUUCGAAUACCAGUUGCCAAGUAGGUUUACAUAACCUGCCGUGAGUCCCACUGCAGUCCUUUCGGUGAAAUCGCCAAGGGCUUCGGUGAUGACGCAUAGCCAUCUUUCAUUGUAAAGCCUAUACUUCUGCAAUGUUUUCAGGUAAGGUGUUAUUCACUUAUCCCUAUUCAUUCAUUAUC